AGUUUUUCGACAUCACCUUUGCCGCUUUGGUGUGACAAGUCAGGACACUUUUCCACUACCAACUCACUGGCUUGGCCUCCUCAUCCUCCACCUAACGAGCUUAACUUUUAGCAGCAAGUGCCUGCUUAGUUUUUACGGCCGAGAGUAAGUAGCCAGUUAGUUAGCUGCUUUUAGUUAAGAUUAAUUCUCGCAGGCAGAAUAAAAUACAUUUUAAGCAGCUGAAGCAGAAGGAAAAAUACAAGAAAACGUAAGUAUGAAUACAUUUUGUGAAUACUGCUUGCUCAAGUUACCCUCGACUAACAUAGCAGUGAUUUUAAAUCAAAUUUGGCAUUUUCGUUUUUAAUUCAACAUUUAGACGUACUCUUUGAAAAAAAAAAUAAAGUCAAAAAAUAUCACAAAAUUUCGGUUUUAAAUUUUGAAUCGUGUGAACUUAGUACAGAGGCCGCCAUGAAGUUCUAUCCGAAUGCAGAUGUCUGGUUCUAUGUGGACAAGCCCAGCUGCUUGAACAGCUACCAAAAGUAUCCACCCACGCACAGCUGGAAGAUUCACGAUAAGACCACCUCGCGGGAAAUGUACUAUUGGCGCGACAUCGAGGGCGUGAAGAAGACGGAGAUCAAGCUCAAGGAUCUGUACUUCACCAAGUGGCCCAAAACCCGCAUCCGUCCGCAGGCCUGCUUGGGAUUGCUCUAUGCCACGGGCAACAGAUUCAUCCGACUGACCAAGGCACCACCAGCGGGCUUCAAGUGCGCUCCACUGCCCGUCAAUCUGGCCACCGCUCGAAUCGUCAAAGUGGAGCUGCGCAAGAAGGCGAAGCGCGAAAAACAGGCAGCUAAAAAGGCUAAAAUGGAAGCGAAGAAGGCCAAGAAGGCGGCCAAAAAGGGCAAAGGAAAGGGCGGCAAGGACGAUCUUAAGCCAAAGGUCAUUAGGACAUACGAAGACGCCGAGAAAGCAUAAUGAUUACACAUUAUAUUCAAAUCCCGGUGUAUUAAAGUGAAUUUCGAUCAUUUUUAAACGUUUUUAAGGCGCAUAAAAAAUGUCAACUUA